GGCUGUUACGAAAACAAAUAGGCUAAACUUGUGUAGUGUUGUGAUCAAAUUUUUCUUUGUAAUAGAAGAUCUGACGUUCCCUGAUGGAGAUUCUCGGCAGCACAUUUGAUGACUCUGUGUUCUCGGAGGCCAGAGAGCGGGUGUGUCGCUCUCUGUCGUUUUAUAACGCCAAAUUCUGCGAACCAGAGUGGUUUUGUGAGUGUACCGCUCUGGACACGGACGAUACUUUGGAGAAGCAGAAAGUAUUUAAGUUCAGAGGUGACCUGGCUUUUAGACAAGGAAACUAUCAGAGAGCCUUGGACGCAUACAGCAGCUGCCUGCAGUUGAUCGCAGACAACAACCUAACCAUCAGGCGAGAUGUUCUGGAGGGAAUGGCUCGAUGCUGCACCAGGCUGGGCCGAACGGAACAGGCACUGGAGUUGGCCGAAUUACUGAGCAAAGAAGCCUCAAACACCUGUCACCUCACCAGUCUCCUGCUGCUUAAAGUCAGCAUCUACCAGAACCAUGGCUCUGUGGGGCCUCAAAUGUCCUGUCUGCAACAGCUUUGCAGCCUGCUGCCCUUUAACCCCUGGCACUGGUUUAGCCUAGGACAGACGUGUUUACAACUGCUGGAUAGAAAUCCCAAAAAAGAGCACACAUCAGAGGCUGUGAAUGGUGAUUCUGAGGAGGACCAGGAGGGGGCAGCAGAACUCUCUGAGGAUAGAGUCUGGCUCAGAGCUUGCAUCUGUUUCAUCAGAACACGACUCCUGUUGCGAAUCCUCCGCCAGCAGCAGUCCUCCUUUGUGUUGCAGCGCAGUGAGAAGGCUCUACAGAUUACAGCAGAGGAACUGCAGCGACUAAAUCCUAAAGAAGCGACACUGCAGACUCUCACUGAGGUGAUGUCAGAGGAUCUGAUCCCAGAGAAAAUGAGAGAGGACUACCAGGAUGGAGAGAGCCUGACCUCUGCAUGUUUGCAGAGCUUCAGCGAGCGCUGGUGGAACAGGGCUGUACUGACAGGAGUGUUAGACACUGAUGGGCCGCAGCUUAAACCUUAAUGUUCAGAGAAUAAAUGUUUGCAUCAAUGCUGACAAACGGCAGAGGGUUUAAGAUCAUGCUAAAAAUGUUUCAAACUCAUGUUUAUUUCUGUUCCUAAGAAAAACAAAAAAAGGGCAGUAUUGUUUCUAUUUCUAUCUUAGUUUUUAAUGAGCAAAGAUGACACAAAUGUAGUUUUAGUAGUAGAGAUAUAAGAUAAUUACUUGUAUUACAUAAUGAACUGUAAUUUAUCAGUGUUGUUUAUAAGUAUUUUCUAUUUCUUUAGGAAUUUUUAUAACCCAAGAAAAACAAUAAAUAGAUUUUUAAUAAUGUUUGUGUUCUAAAAGUCUAUAUUUAAUAAAAUGUAAUAAAAUGAUCUAAUGACAUACAGAGACUAAGGCACUAUCCACAUUAAGACAACAUCAGGUGCAACAAUAUUUCUUUGUUAAAGCUGUGUAUCCAAACAAAGUCGAGAUUUUAGGUGAGCAUAAACCAUUAUUUUUGAAACUGGGUCCCAGAGAGGAAAAA